UGCUUUGUAAGUGAAGUCUGAUGGGACCUGGAGCAUGCAUAGGGGCAGGAAGGGAGGAUAGGGAGGCUUGGAGCCACAGCUCAUGUGGAAUCCCGCCUGCCAGGUGCCACCUCACAGCCCCCAGACAGGUUCUUGGCUUCCCGCUGUCUGCCCCAUGGAGCCUCAGGCUUCUCUGCCUUGCUCAGCAACCACUGCUACCCCGAUCCCCAGCAGGGGACUGGGUGAAGCACAGGGAUGGUCAGCAUUGGAUGUGAGCUCCCAGAAGCCUCUCAGGGUGGGGCAGGCAACUGACCCUGCAUUGGGCUAGAAGUACCACAGCACCAUCAGCAGGUGACUAGGCCUAUCCAGGCACAUCCUGGUGUAGAGGUUGCAAUACACUUGGAAGUUUCCCAUCAACUGUGGGUUUGGGUAGUGGACCUGUGGAAAGGGGAGAUUCCUGGCUUGACUUCCCUUCUCCUAGCCAGGGCAUGCACAGAAAUUAGAAAUGGGCAGGAGAGAAAUUCAGCAGCCAGUUUCAAAGCAACCAUGGUUUCCAGGAUAACAAACAGCUCUAGUCCAGGCAGCAGAGAUUCCUGCAAGGUCCUUCUCUCCCACCCACCCAUGGACUCAUACAUGCCACCACCACCACCACCACCACCAAAGCUUAUUUCCUCAGCUGGGCAUGAACACUUCGAGCUAAAAGUGGCCUUUGUGAAUUUUGCCUCUUGCUCUGUGCACACGUUCUAAAGGGAACAAGUCUGUUUUGCUGCAGGGUGAGGCCCAAGAUGUGACCUGGGAAAGGCUAACAGGACACAGUCUUUGAUGGAGGCAGGGAGUUCUCUGAUACAGUUUGGAUUUGCUGCAACUAACAAAGCCGGCCAGCGGACCCCUCCAAUCUACUGGGACUCAAAUAAAUCCAAGUGAUUGUUCUCCCUCCAUUCCAGGAGGGAACACCAGCCGGCCUUGGAACCUCAGGUGCAACAGAGACGCCAGGAGAUGCUAGUGCGCAGCAGCCUGUGGCAGUACCAGUGAAGCCAGAGAGGGCUUGGUGGAUGACAAGGAGGCCUGAGUAGACCCCAGGUGCCAAGCCUGCUCGUGCCCCGGGGUCCCCCUUGCGCCGCCAGUCUGGUUGCCAUGGAGACAAACCUUGCUGCGCAAAGACUGCCGAGCCGCAGGCCGGGGAGCUGGAACCCAGCGAGCCAGCCUCUGCAACAGGCUGGGGGCGGAAGGAGGAGCCAGGAGAAGCGGCGCCUCCGCUGAGAGGCCCGGCGGACCCUGCAGAGGCCCCCUGCCCCUCUGGCUCCGCCCCCACCCGGGGCUGUAGAAAUACAGCCGCAGCCCAGACCACCGCCCACUGCGCUCCGACCCAGACCCAGCUGACCCACCUACCCGCGAUCCUGCCCAUGGCUGACGGACUCUUUCAGCGCAGACCCUGGGGUCCCGAGCAGAUUCGCCCGGACCCCGAAUCCGAAGGCCUGUUUGACAAGCCUCCCCCGGAAGACCCUCCCGCUGCCCGCGCGCCCAGGUCCGCAUCGGCCGCGGGCAAGAAGGCUGGUCGGCGCGCGGGCGGGAGAGCGCAGGGGGGCCGCGCCGGGCAGCCCCCGAAGGCCGCAUCGCGCCCCCAGCCCAAGGAGGAGGCGCCUCCACUGGUCGAGGGCUGCUAUCUCGACCAUUUUCCGCACCUCUCCAUCUUCAUCUACGCAGCCAUCGCCUUCUCGAUCACCUCCUGCAUCUUUACCUAUAUCCAUUUACAGCUUGCCUGAGUGGCCAGCGCGGGACGGGGUGGGCGCAGGACCGAGCGGGGAGGGAAAGGGAAAACAGGGCUCGGCAUUCUGUGUUUUGGAACACACCCCCUUCAUGUAGCUUUCGAUGCUUGUUUCUUUCCUUCUUUGUUGUCACUAUCUUUGUCUAUCAGUAGGAAAGUACAAAGUAGCUGCCGGCAAUGAAAUAAGGGUGCCGUUUGCACCUGCAGGUUAGGGGUGGGGGCGUUUAGAAUUCUGGGGUGUGAUUGAACCCCGUUUUUAAUUAGGAGAAUGUCGCUGGACCCCUACCACUCUGUGACGCGGGGGCACGUGCAGGGAGCCCAUCAUUUUGUGUUUGGGGAGCUCAGAGUGCGCCCAACCUUGGAUUCUUUAAGGGAUGAGCCAGACCCAGACCCGCGGCCUUCUAGAGAGGGUCCCGCGGGGAGGGUCGGCGCCCUGGCCCGGGCUGGGCCGGAGCCCUGUGAUGCUGCAUCGCCCCCAGGAGGAGCCAGCUGUGCCCCGGAGUUGGCGCGGCCGAGAGAGGACAAGACUGCGCAGCAGGCGUAGCUGGAGGGCGGGACUCGACUUUGUUGUCGCUGCGUGGAGGAGCCGGAGGAGGUGUCUUACCAGGAGACCACGCCCUGGAAGUGUCCAGGACUCGCGGGACCUGUGGCUGCAAACCCCACUGGGACGUAGGCCCAGAGCUGGCGCACUCCUCAGGACGAGACUCUGGGGCCCUAGCCGGGGUCCACGGGAGGGCUGUCCUUGGGGACUCUAGAAUGGCUUCGUUCUGGCCCGGAGCCUUUCUGGAGCUGUGGCACCCAAGACAAAAGGGGCUGAGGGAUUUGUCAUUGACAAGAGUUAGUGCGGGAAAACCACGUGACCCCUAGGGGUUUGUCAUCUUAGACUCAAAAGGCUUAAUACCAGAAACCACCUUGGCAAGAUAUUUACCCACCGGCCAUCUCUGUUUACUCAUGAAUGUUCAAUGUCAAAACGCAGCGCUCUAACCCUGCAUAGUGUUUACUUGCAAAUGUCUGUAAUCUGUAAUUGUGAUACCUCUGAUGGAAUAAAUUAUCUCUUUUUCAGUCUCCUCUA